UAUACGGAUAACCUAUCAAAUGCCAUAGUUGAUUUUGAGUACUAUACGAUACAAAAUCUGGGUGAUCAGGGAAAAGAUGCCCAUUUGGAGAUGACUAAACAAGAUUUAAUAGAUACUGAAGAACAGUACGGUAGAUAUAAUUAUAAUGCUUGGAUAUCUGAAAGAAUUCCGCUUAACAGAAGUCUAGGAGAUUAUAGGGAUUCGCAAUGCCUCAACAUCAGCUAUAAUCCCCAGAAAAGUGUAACGACUAGCAUUAUCAUAGCCAAUCUAAUGGAGCAUCCUCACACCCUAUUAAGGACCAUUUACAGUCUUAAAGCACAAACAUCAUAUCACCUAAUCACGGAGAUAAUACUGGUUCAUGAUGGUCUGGCCGAUAUAGAUGUUUUCAAUUACAUAGCUUUCCACUUUCCCAUAGUCAUACAGCUGGAAGUGGGAACUGUAAAGGGACCUAUUAAUGCCCGUUUAACUGGAGCUAAAGUAGCAACUGGAGAUAUUUUGGUAUUUCUCAAUGCUCACAUGGAGGUCACCAUGGGCUGGCUGCCUCCUUUACUGGAACCCAUCUUGUUGAACAAAAACACCGUCACUGAGCCUAUAAUGGAUGAGAUUUCUAGAAGAACGUUUGGCUAUCAGAAAUUGCAAAAACCAGAGCAAAUGGCCUUCGAUUGGCAGUUGGAACACAUCUACAUAGCCUUGGAUCGGAACACAUCACAUAAUCUUCCCAAACCAUAUGCAUCCUCUCAACUGGAGGGAAGGGUUUUUGCAAUAGAUCGCCGUUGGUUUUGGCGUCUGGGCGGAUGGGAUGAAGGUCUGCUGGAAAAUGGAGGAGAUGCUUUGGAACUCAGUCUGAAAGUGUGGCAAUGUGGUGGUAGCAUUCUUACAGUUCCCUGUUCACGAGUUGGAAUCAUCUAUAAACGAGACGAGGUAGAGGCCCAGAAGGCUCCCAAUAAGAAUCCGAGCUUGCAAGUGAGGAAGAACUUCAAGCGAGUUGUGGAUGUCUGGUUUGACGAAUUCAGGCUCCAUUUUUAUCGUUAUAAUCCCAGGCUGAGAAACCUUACAACCGAAUCCCUAGAUGAACCGCAAGAUCUUCGACGUCGUCUCAAAUGCAAGUCCUUUGGUUGGUAUAGAAGCCAAGUGGCGCCCGAAUUAAGAAACUAUUACCUUCAUGCCGGACUUGCCGACUAUGCUGUUGGUAAAAUAAUGCCUCUUCUGGCGCCACAUUAUUGCCUAUCGAUCAAGGGUGGCUAUCCAGUCAUGAGGAUGUGCAAUUCAACUAAAUACGAAGACUGGACACUGACGCAUCGCUGUCAAUUGAGAUUCGGUCAAAUAUGUCUGAGUGCCGACUCUGACAAUAAUGUUAAGCUAACGAAGUGCACUAAAAAAGUACCGAAACAUCCGUGGAAAUACGAUUACGACAAAAAGUCAUUCGUUAUCCAUGGAAACAAAUGUCUGCAAAUUGAUGUCGAUGGUGUGGCUCUCAUUUUAGGGACUUGUAAAUCGGAUACCAAUGUACAACGUUGGCUAUUCACCGGAGUAAGGGAUUCAAAGUUGGGCCAUUCGGCAGAUGCUUGUUUAAAUGUGAACUAA